GGGUAAAAGGCUAAAAGCAAUCAAUUCAUACCCACCAACUCCAAAAGAGCUGAUAUCUGGCUGAUGGAACAUGGGGGAGAGCUGUGAAUAGCUGACAAGAUGCAUAAUCCCAUCAAUGAGGAAAAAGGGGACAACUAUUUGAAAAAGACUUCACAUUCUGAUAAAAUGCCUUCCUGACAGAAACAUGCAUGAAAACUGCACUGCGACCACAGCAGCCUACAAUGACUCAGUCACCACCCAAAACACGAGCACGAUUCUUCAGUGUGAUCAGCCUGGAAGGGCAGCCUACCCUCUCUUCAUACUGAUCUACAGCAUACUGUUUCUGGUUGGCCUAAUACUCAACAGCGUCAUUUUGUGGUUUCACUGCUGCCGACCACAAAGAAAUGUCUCCAGAAGCUUGAUGAUAUUCUUGAAGAAUCUGACAGCAGCUGAUUUGCUGCUUUGUCUCAGCCUCCCGCUGCGUAUCAUUCACUAUGCAACCAGCUCUGUCACCAUCCACCUGAUUUACUGCAGUUUCGGAGCCUCCAUGCUUUUUCUCAAUAUGUACGGCAGCAUCUUCUUUAUGGGAUACAUAGCUUUGAACAGGUAUCUGAAGGUGGUCCAUCCUUUAAGAACCUGCUUCCUGCUGACGGUACGUGCUGCAUGCAUAACAUCCACCACCACCUGGCUCCUUCUCCUGGCCGCGGUGAUGGCAUAUUUCAUCCCGCUACUGAAAACCUACCAGCGUGUGAAGUCUGCUGAUUGCAGCUGCGAGGAACUGCACAGUCAGAGUGUCAAGUUGGUCUACAAAGCUGUCCACCUCUGUGCUUUAGUCACCUUCCUGUUGGUGUUCCUGUCAAUGCUGUUCUCCUACUACAGUGUCUACCAUAAGGUGCUGCAGGCUCAGCAGAGACAGCCUUACUGCUCAAGCUCCAAGAAGCUUCUGAGAUCUAGAAGAAAAAUGUUAAUGUUGAUAUGCAUCUUUUGCAUUUCCUUCAUUCCUUAUCACAUCGUUCGACUUCCGUUUGCUUUUCAGCAGGAGAGCAACUUGGCCCAGUCAUUCUACUACCCACUGCAGUUAACAACUAUGGUGUCUGUUCUUAAUGUCUGUCUGGACCCGCUUGUUUAUUACAUCUUCAGCAAAGAUUUUCGGGACCAUCUAAGGCUGAGGCUAAGGAAUUCUAGAAUCAUCUCUCACAAGAUGAAUGAGGACAGGAGGAGAAGUGAACACCAGCAGAGGACAAAGGACAUCAAAGAGGAGGUGUCCUUUAGUACAACUUCAAGAUUAGGAGGGAAUUUAGACUCAGAAAACUGAUGCAAAAAUCAUAAAACUGUGCCACAUUUGGUUAUUUAAUCAUGAUCCAAAGUAAAGAUUCUUAUAUCAUACUAUAUAUCAUAUUAAACGUUUCUUUACAUUUGUUUUCUCUAAAAAUUCUGUUUUUCAUUCACAUUGUAUUCAAAGAAACUGCAUUUUUCCUGUCCAGUUUCCAGUAAUAUCAUUUGUAACAGUUAUACCAUAGCUCCAUCUGAAUAUGGCUAAUUGUAGCUCCUAUCACCUUCCUCCCCAUUUCAUGGGUCAACAGUAAGAACACUAUCAAGGUAGGAAUGAACAGCCUUUAGCCUCAUGGAUGUCUUUAUGGACAUUGAUGAUACUGGUCAAAUUAGAACUACAGCCUUCUGGAAAAGAACUAAAAAAAA